UGGGGCAGGUGGCGCGGUACUGGGCAUUGAAGCGCGCGAUGCGGCACGGCGCGCCGCUGCUGAAGCGGCUGCAUCUGGAGCCGUGGACAGCGUCGGCUACGCAGCAGCGGGCACUGGAGAUGGCCGAGGGCCAGCGCCAGGCGUUUGUGCGGCGGCUGCGCACGGACCUGGAGCGCGUGCGGCUGCUGGUCGAGAGCGUGCGGAGGCGCGAGCGCGAGAAGCUCAAGCGCACGCGCCUGCAGACCGACUAUCUGCAGCAGGCGAUUGAUCCACUGACGCCAAUCAUGAGGUCGGUCAUUGACGAGCUGAUUGACAAGCGUGACCCGCGCGGCGUGCUGAGCCGCCCGGUCAGCACCGACGAGGCCCCCGACUACCUGUCGCUGAUCCACCAGCCCAUGGAUUUCGGCACCAUGCGGCAGAAGCUGGACGAGUUCGAGUACUGUGGCAUGGACGAGUUUGAGCGCGACCUUUUGCUGGUAGUCAAUAACUGCACGACGUACAAUAAGCCCGGCACGUACUACUUCCGGCUGGCCGUGCGCGUCAAAAAGCACAUUGAGCGGCUGAUGGGCGAGGCAAGGCGGCAGAUCGAGCGGCUGCCGAUCGACCCAAAGACCGGGCGCAUGCUGGUUGAUAUCGACAUGGACAUUUUUGCCCUCAACAGCCGCGUGCCGGAGCCGCCCAGCCCGCUGCAGGCCGACACAGACAGCAAGGCCCUGGCACCAGCAGAAGCGAGUCCCAAGGAGCCUUCACCUGCAGCCGAUAAUGGCAGCCAGGCAGUGGUCCAGGCAGACCUGCCAAUGACGCGGUCGCGCAGCCGCACAAAGGCCGAAGAAGAAGCAGCGCCGAUGACAAACGGGACCAGCAAAGCAGCGCCGACGAACGGACACGCCGACGGCAAACCGCCCAAGAAUAUGCGCGGAUGGGCCUGGGUAGCCGAGCCGGCCGACGAUGCUGAAGACGCGCGGCGGCUGACUCUGUUCGAGCAGCUGUCGGUGCCGCCGCCCGACAUCCGCCGCAGCAGCCGCGCGCGCCGCCAGACGCCCGACUCGGCAGUGCCCGACGACAUCAACGUCAUCACCACGCGGCUGCGCAAGGACUCGGGCAAGACGCAAAAGCGCCCACACGAAUCCUCGCUGCCCGUUGAGAUGGCAGCUCCGGCGAAGCGCGCCAAGACUCGCCAUGCGCAGGCAAUGGAGCAGGACGUCGAGUACCGGCCGGGCACGCUGGUGUGGGCAAAGAUGGCGUCGUAUCCGUGGUUCCCGGCUGAGAUCGUCGACCCCAAAAGCCCCAGGGUUCCUGAGGAAGUCCACAAGGACCGCCAUGCCGACAGUGUCGCGCUGGUGUGCUUCUUCGGCGCCAGCCGGUCGUGGAAAUGGGUCGCCGGGCAGCACGUGUGCCGGCUGGGCGUCACCAUGGAGGACGACCGCCGGCUGUACAAGGCCAAGCUGUCGCGGUCGGCGGGCAUGACCAAAAACGUGCGUGCUGCGUAUGCCGAGGCGUGCCAAAGCGGUGGGAUCGAGCCGCUGGCACCAUGAGACUUGGGAGAAAAAAAAUUACUUUAAUGCGCUAAAACAAGUGGGAUAAGAAGAAAGAGUAAUACAUGUUCA